AUAAUAAAACAAAACUUAUCCCCUUUUGGAUGGAUCACUACAUAUAAACAUCCAUUUUUGGAGGGGAGAGAUACUUUUCUUCAUCUUUAUCGGUUGUCUUUAUAUUAACGAGCACUGAGAAAGAAAGAACAAGUCCACUUUAAUUUAACAGUCACACUAUAUCAUCGGUUUUAUCGAAAUGGAAUUCGGCGACGGCGUUUCCUUCGCCGUCGUCCCAACUAUCUUCAAAAGAGAAGACUAUAAGCGGACUAAACACGACGCCGUUUUUUCAAAGUGGCAGGUUUUGAUAGGAUCAAACGAUUGGGAGGAUUUCCAAAAUGGAAAAGAUGGUGUUGGUAGAUACAGAGUACAGAACUUACCUCGUAAAUCUUGCCCCGGUCUGUAUGAGCUUGGUGUAGCGGUCAUCGGUCAAGACCAAGGUCGAAAGCUUGAAUCUGAUGAUGUUCUUGCUGUGUAUUUAGGACAAGCUGAAAGUGUUAGGUCUAGACUUCAGCGUUAUGGAAGAUCUGGUGCUCAUUUGCGCAAUGUUAACAACCUUAACGACUGUGUAACCAUUGAGUCUCCUGUUAAGAAGGCGGUUACCGGUGGUAUAUUUGAGGACAUAUUCUCGAAAGGAGGCUCCAUUUUAUAUAGAUGGGCUCCGAUGAGAUCUAAGAGGGAAGCUGAGGCAACAGAAGGGAUGCUUUUGAGCACAUUUGACUAUGCUUGGAACAAAGGAAGUAACGGGGAGAGACGUCAGCUUGAUUUGCUUAAGAAGCUCGGUGAUCGCGAGUUUAUGAGCAAGAGAAAGUCCGGUGUAUCGCGAAUGCUGUUUCCUUUUCUUCGGAACCAAGUUGGUAUCAGAAUCAAAGGAGAGAAGCAUGUGCUUAAAGAAGAGACAAAGCUAAGCUCUGAUGUUGAUGAAGAGAAGAGUAAUAAUUUCUUCACUUCAAUACUCAAACUCACCCGGUCAAGACCUCAACCGGUUUCAGACAGAUUUGAAGAGGUUGAUGGUUCUUGUUCUGAUUCUGUUUGUGGGGUCUUACUUGAAAAUGGUGGUUGUUGCAAUAGAAGUCCUGUCAAAGGAAGAAAGAGAUGCAUAGAGCAUAAAGGGCAGAGAGUUUGCCGUGUUUCACCCGAAAAACAGACACCUCCACAACCAGAGAUUUUCACCGGACAAGAUCAUCACAAUCACAAAGACUCUGAUGGCAUGUGUGGAGUGAUCUUGCCUGACAUGGAACCUUGCAAUAAGAAACCUGUUCCUGGAAGAAAACGAUGUGAGGAUCAUAAAGGCAUGAGGAUCAAUGCUUUUCUCUUUCUUCUUAACCAGACAGAUCGUGAGAAAACCGUGAGAGCCGAGAUAUCUAAUCCCGAAUCGCAUACCGAGUCAAGGGAAGAAGAAGCUUCGACUCGCUUCUGUGAAGCUACAACAAAGAAUGGGUUACCUUGCACAAGAAGUUCUCCUAAAGGAAGCAAAAGGUGUUGGCAACAUAAAGAGAAAACCUCCGGCGAACACUCGCCGGAAAAUGUUCAGCCGGGAGCUGCAAAACUUGUAGCCUGUGGAGUUAAAUUUUGUAAUGGAUUGAUCUGUGAAAGAUCUCCUGUCAAAGGACGUAAGAGGUUGAUCGGAAUAGAAUUCAGUUCGGUCGCCGUCGUCCCCACUAUGUACAAGAGAGAAGACUACAAGCGGACUAAAUACGACGCCAUUUUCUCCGAUUGGAAGAUUUUUAUAAGACCCAAUGAUUGGAAAGAUUUCAAUAAUGGGAAAGAAGGUGUCAUCCGUAGAUACAGACAUGAGGACUUACCUCCUAAAUGUUUUACGGGUCUGUAUGAGCUCGCUGUAGCAGUCAUUGGUCAAGACCUAGGCCAAAAGUUUGAUCCUGAUAAUGUUGUUCCUAUAUACCUAGGAGAAAGUGUAGACGUGAGAUCAAGACUCCAGAACUAUGGAAGAUGCGGUGGUCAUUUGCCCGCAAGUUUAUUUGAAGACAUAUCCUUGAAUGGAUUCUACAUUUUCUUUAGAUAUGCUCUGAUGGGAUCUAAAUGGGAAGCUGCUGCAAUAGAAGGGAUGAUUUUGAGUACAAUUGAUUAUGCGUGUAACACACGUAAUAAUGGAAGACGACGCCAGCUUGAAUUAGUUGAGAAGCUCGGUGAUCGCGAGUUUAUGAGCAAGAGAAAGUCACAAGUGCUGGUAGGAGGAGAUAGAAAUCGGAAUCUUAUCGCCGUCGUUAAGAUGCCACCGGCCGGAGAACUCCGACAUCAAUCUCCAUCGAAAGAUAAACAAUCUUCCGAUACUCAAUCCACCGAAGCAGCAGCAGCGGCAGCAGCAGCGAUAUCUGCGGCAGCUGCAGAUGCAGAAGCUGCCGGAUUAUGGACACAGAUCAAAGCGGAAGCUCGCCGUGAUGCUGAGGCGGAGCCGGCGUUAGCUAGCUAUCUUUAUUCGACGAUUCUUUCUCAUUCGUCUCUUGAACGAUCUAUCUCGUUUCAUUUAGGAAACAAGCUUUGUUCCUCAACGCUUUUAUCCACACUUUUAUACGAUCUGUUCUUAAACACUUUUUCCUCCGAUCCUUCUCUCCGUAACGCCACCGUCGCAGAUCUACGCGCUGCUCGUGUUCGUGAUCCUGCUUGUAUCUCGUUCUCUCAUUGCCUUCUCAAUUACAAAGGCUUCUUAGCUAUUCAGGCGCAUCGUGUUUCACACAAGCUAUGGACACAAUCACGGAAGCCAUUAGCUUUAGCACUACACUCAAGAAUCUCUGAUGUAUUCGCGGUGGAUAUUCAUCCAGCGGCGAAGAUCGGAAAAGGGAUACUUCUUGACCACGCAACGGGAGUUGUUAUCGGAGAAACAGCUGUGAUUGGGAACAAUGUUUCAAUUCUCCACCAUGUGACACUCGGUGGAACUGGUAAAGCUUGUGGAGAUAGACAUCCGAAGAUUGGUGACGGUUGUUUGAUUGGAGCUGGAGCGACUAUUCUUGGAAAUGUGAAGAUUGGUGCAGGAGCUAAAGUAGGAGCUGGUUCUGUUGUGUUGAUUGAUGUGCCUUGUCGAGCUACGGCGGUUGGGAAUCCGGCGAGACUCGUUGGAGGAAAAGAGAAGCCGACUAUUCAUGAUGAGGAAUGUCCCGGAGAAUCGAUGGAUCAUACUUCAUUCAUUUCGGAAUGGUCAGAUUACAUCAUAUAAAGUUAUUAUUAUUAUCAUUGUUUCUGUGUUUUUGAAAGUGAAAACCUUUCGACUAUUAGCUUGUAGAGAGCUGAGGUAAGUGGUUUGAUGUAUUGUCGGCGUGAGCUUUGUUGUACUAUUUACUACAAUUUACAAAACAUCUUAGGAUGAUCAAUCAAUACAAGAAAUGGACUUAA